AUGUCAUCCCUGCAUCUAGUGUCCACAACUCCGACGUUGGCAGUAGAUGAAGUGCAACCGAGUGGAAAGUUGACGAUGGCCUACCGAUGUCCACCCAUUGCCACGGCUCACAAAGAGAGAGCGCCGUCUCUCGACUCAAGAACGGAAGCCAUGGGAGUGGUAUGA